AUGCCUACUAAAGAGGUCACUCUAGAUGAGAAUCCUCACCGGUUCUCCAAACAGCAACACAUGGGACAACCCAAAUUACCCAACUACCAAAGUCCAGAGGUUCUCAGGCAACGUCACAAGAACCUUGCCAGUAAGCUCAGAGUUGUACAGGGCCCGAUUGGACUUCAAAACGCACAUCGAAUCUUGUCAACUCCAAUUCAGCAGUCUCAGCUCCGUCAGAGUGUUACCUACGACGAGCCUACCACCCCCCCAAAUAAAAACCUCGAAGUACAUAUUCCUGGUAGUGACAGUACCAUUGAGCAAGAGUCCCUGGAUUCAGAAAGCCCUCCUCCACCCAAAGCUUCAGAACGUCCUCUUAUACACGUUACCCGUGAUGAGUGGGAGGCUGCUCUAUCUCUCAUCCUACUUCACCAGCAUACUACCUACGCAGAUGAAAAUAAUAUUCCACGAGAGGUCCUUCGCACCACAUACGUCAGCAGGUUCGGAAACACUUGCUCAGAGGAUCAAUUAUCAGAAGCAGCAGCGAAAGCCAUUGCAACAAUCCCUCCAGGAUUCGACAGCGAAGAUCUGCGCUGGCUUAUCUGGGCGGUGAAGCAAAUGGGAACCGUGGUAAAUGCUGAUCAUUUCCGGUUGCUGGCACGUGACUUCAGUAUUCGUUACCCAAACAAGCAGGUGACCGCAGAGCAGCUGUACUACAAGUGGGCCACAUGGCAUGAGGAGAUGAGUCGGGCUGAUGGGCCUUUGAUAAGAGACGAAAGGGUGGCUGGGUAG